AUGGACGAUGAGGAAAUCAAGGCUGCCUUGAUGGCAAACAACACAGGGUCCCUGGAGGCUGUUCCAAACAAUUAUAGGUUUUCUGAUGGAACAGGCUUAAUCCACUGGGCAUCUAUGUACAACAAUCUGGACAUUUGCCGAAGGCUGGUAGAAGACCGCAAUGUCGUCAAUAGUGUUGGAGGUGUACUGGACAGCACCCCCCUGUAUUAUGCACUCUACAACUCAAACUAUAAGGUUAUGAAGCUCCUCAUAGAGAACGGUGCGGACAUCGCAUAUGUCAAUAAAAGUGGCCUGGGGCUUUUGCAUACAUGCGCCAGGUUUGAUGAUGUUCUUGGGAUGGCUCUACUCUUGAGCUAUGGUGCUGAUGUGAAUGCCAAGGACACCAAGAAUAGAACAUUGUGGAUGUAUGCGAAGACAAAAGGUGCAAGAUGCGUCCAAAGAUUUUUAGAAGCAAAUGUAGUGCAAAGAGAGCAUAAUGAAUGGGUGCUCGAGGGGCUGUCUAUGGGGGUCCAUGGGAUGUCUCUUUUCCUUGGGAAGAUGUAUCAGAUUGGGGUGGUUGGAAUGUUCCUGAUCUUCUGGGGGAGAAUAGCCCGCACAAGGUUUCCUAUGUACCUUAAUUUAUUCUAUUCCUUUUACAUUGGCUGCAAUGCGGUUGAGGAAAGCUGCGAACAUAUCGUCUAUGCGUUCAAUUACUUCUUCACCCUCUCUCGUCUGUUUCUGUCUGUCCCGGCAUUUGGUACCGUGAGAACAUACAGCGAGAUAAGGGAGCUAGUGUCUACGAUGGUAGAUCAGGAUGAGUAUGAGAUAGAAAACUUCUGCUACACAUGCUUGGAAAGGAAGGCUAGCGGGACGAAGCACUGUUCUAUUUGCAGCAGAUGUGUCCUGGCGUUUGAUCAUCACUGCCCAUGCAUAAACAGCUGUGUCGGUAAGGAUACCAUGGGGCUGUUCAGGGAGCAUCUGCUCUCCACCCUUACUGUAAUUGUAAAUGUGCUUUUGUCUGGACAUGCUUCUGGAAUGAGUUUUGAGUUAAUGUCUAUAGCUAUCUUUAUCGUGCUUAUCCUAGUUGCAAGUGUGAUUGGAAGGAGCCCUAGGCCUUUAUAA